GUUUAAAUGAAUGCAUCCUGCUCUGUAUUUCUUAGCAAAGAAAUUUUAUCCUUGUUUGAUUUAAACUCUGAUGAACCCAAUGCCAAAUCCUUUUUGUUUUUUUGUUUCAAGAACAGAAAUUUAUCCAAAACCCCUGAAAAUUUUGGGACUACAUUGUAGAAUGUGGUUUUGAAGUUUCUAGCAACAGAUGGCUUGGUUUUCUUUGCAGUCAAGUGGAUUUUGUUUGAAUUUUUAUUUUGCUGAUAAGUUUCUAUCUCCUUCAUCUUGAUUUUCUCAUUUUCUUCCAUAUUUCUGUUAGAUUUCCUUCCUUCUAAGGAAAAAUGAUCAGAGUCGAUGGACGGAGAGAUCGCCACCGACAAAGAUUCCAUUGACCUCAGGUUUUAGUGCAGAGGGUUGGAUCAUGGACAAUCGAGCGGGUUAAGUGAAAAAAGUUCGAGUUUGUGCUGGUUACAGAGCAUAUCCAGUGAAACCUACUUAGAGAUGGUCCUUCUUUGAAGAAAAUCUCGGAUACCACUAAUGCUGUUGGCUCUUGUAUUUUGGAUGCUUUCUUUGUGUAGUUUUGUUUGUUUCAAGCUUAUCUUAGAGGUCUUUCAGGUUUUUUGGGUUUUAAUGCUUGCAUUUAGUUUGAUGGCCUUCCUGUUAAAUUGCUGGGCAGGAGUUACAUCAUUAGCAAAGCAUUUCUUGGGUCAAUUUUACAUUGUUGCUGCUGUGUUACCUGUUUAUAAUCCAUUAUGGCAAUCUUCCAGUGGAGCAAUGAGAUGAGUUUAAAUUUUAUGGUGAAGUCUUACUGAUUUUCACAGGGUAGAGAAUUAGGCAUGUUUGUUGGUUCAGGGAUGACUUUAUGUAAUCACAAGUUUUGUUGGUUCUAUAUAGCAAACUUGCUGCAACUUAUGAUGCCAUGGAUAUACCAUCGGGAGAAGGAUUCUUCAGACUUAGCAGAGCAUCCUUCCACUCAUACAGUUGAGUCUUACCUCUCAUGGCAUUUGCAACCGAUACAAUCGCAGCGGGCAAUCCAAGACAUUUCUCAACUAUCUCUUCUGCUAAAUGCUGCAAAUCAGGAGUUUCAACAUCAUCACCAAUUGUCUUCUUAAAUAACUCCCAAGAUUCAUCAGGUUCUAAUUUACAUACUUCAAAAACCUGAUGAUAUUCUGAAUCCAUUCUUCUCAGGAGAACAUCCCGUUCUUCAGAGAUUAGUAAAAUCUUGCAGGUCACAGGAUGUUCUUCACUGGAAGAGCUUAUUUCAUUCUUUCUAUCAAUUGGCUGCCGCAGCCCACUCGCAGAAGGGAUUCCAAUUUCCUCCAAAGCUAUUUCGGUCUCCCAAACAUCAUCCAAAAUUAUGAGAAAUUUCUUUUCUUUCAGUAGUCUUGCCCUUAUUCGAUCUGCAACUUGUUGAUCUGUAAGCUCUGUAAAAGAAAUUUGAUCCAUGCCCAAGCCGCAAGCAAUGUCUUCUUGAAUUUUUUUCAACUCCCGGUUCUUUGUCACUUUAGUCGUAACUACUGUAGGAAACAACAAGCUGUCCUGCUUGGCCUUUCUUUUAACCUCUUUGACCAGCAUUGUUUUCCCCACACCAGAAGUCCCAUGCACUCCGAUCAUGUUGACAAUUGGACUUUUUAAUGCCUCCAUGAUCUGGUCCAAAACAACCAUUCAUGAGCGGAACUCCUCAAAACCUUCUACAGGUGCAGCCACAUUGUGUAGUGAAGGAGGAGCAUAGCAAUUUGGGAGGUUGAAUCUACCAGCUUCUUUCACAAGUUCAUCAAUAUAUUUGGAAUUCAGCUGUGCUUUCUUGCUGAGUUUGUAUCGAGACAAGGGAUUGGGACACAGCCUACAGAAACACUCGUUGUUGGCAUUUUUGUUGGCAUUUUGUUCACCAAACUCAAGUAAUUUCUCCGCCACUUCGAUGAAGUCCUCAACCCUAUUCAGCCAAUUCUUGAGCUUCGGUACGGUUUCUUCUCCUUGUCUGCCGAGUUCUUCAAUAUGGCGCUUCACAGUUUCUUGUUUAAUCUUGAGUUUAUCAACUUCUUUCUUCAAAUUCUCAACAUUUUUGUUGCACCUGCGCACAACUUUGAUUUUUU